AUGGAUCAGAUUGCCGAAUCGUCACGAGAGUUUUUGCAGCCAAAAAAAGCGCGAACGCGAACCGUGUCAACUCUUAUCAUCCAAUCGAGCUCCAAUUUUUACCUUCAAUUGCACUUCUUGCAUGACGAUACCAUCAGCACAAAAAUCAUCGCCAAUAGCUUGACCGUCGCCGGAUUCUCGAUGGAGGAAAGCACAGAGCGCGACGGCAAGGUCGGAGAAUGGAUUAAAAAACAUGACUCUGAAGACCAGGUCGAGCCAAAUGAAGAAGACUCGGACGGAGAGAUGGAAGAGGCAGCCGACGUGCCAGAAGAGGACGGUCCAGCACCAAAACAGUCGUACAAAUCAUGGAAGAAAAAAUACCGAAAGAUGCGCGACGCUUUUGAGCGAAAGAUGCGAGAGGGAGAAGAGAUAUACAGGCGGGAAAUGCGCGCGAUUGAGACGAAUAAGCGCAUCGCCAUCGAGAUAGAUCGUCUGCUCGACCUCUUACUUGAGGUCAACAACACGCCCCAGAUCCCUCCAGGGAAACGCUUCGACUUGAGCAUUCCCUUCUCGUCCGACGGCACCUCUGACAUCCUACCGGGCGAAAUGUACUUGCCUAUCGACAUGCCCGGAAACGACAGGGCCCGCGGUGCCGAAAAGCCCACACAGGCACUACGCGACAUGCUUGUGGAGAUCCCGCACCACCGAUACGCCGCCGCUGCAGAGCUGUUCCCUAACGUGGUCAGCGACCUCGAGGCUGGUGUGGGCGGCGAAGGUCCCGGUGCAGAUAUGCUCGCCUCUGCUAGCCGCCAGCACCCAGCCUGCUUCCUGACGGCCGACGACAUUGACAACUACCUCUGGGAGCUCGACCAGCGCAUUGCCGAAGACCGGCGCGAUCGCGGCCUGUCCCCGCUACCCGUCGUGCCCACACUCGCUCCCAAGGCUCGCGAUCCCACCGCAGGCAGCCCAGGAGCAACAGGAGCAACCUCUACGACCGCCGACCCCAACGCCGCCGCGCGCGACUUUGCCCUUCGCAACCCCACCAGCGUUUACAACUGGCUACGCAAGCACGCACCAAAGACCUUUUUGCAGGACGCCGAGGCCACAUCGGCCGUUGACGCUGACGCCGCAGAGACGCCACACAUGGAGCGCCCAUCCGGGUCCCGCAGCCGGGCCAAAUUCGAGCCCGCUAAGCGCGGCGGCAAGGCAGCUACUCCGGCCAGCACGCCCACCACGGCCAGCAAGCGCGCUUCGGCCGUCGCCCGCGGUGCGGCUAAGCGCUCGCGCCAGUCGGUCGUCGCCAAUGCCGACCAGGUCGACGACGCCAGGGAGGAGGACGGCGACGAGAUGGCGCUCGACGACGCAGCGGCGGCGACUCCGACCGCCGCUAAGGGCAAGCGCAAGCGUGCCGCCGACGACGACGCGGGUUACAGGCCUAAGGGGGGAUUCGCACGGCCGAGCAAGAAGAAGCGGAAGAGCGAGGCCGGGGACGCGACCCCGACGUCGGCUAGGACCGGAAAGGCUGCUAAAACCAAGGCUGCUGCUGAUGCCGACGCUGAUGCCGAUGCCGACGCUGACGAGGAUGCCGCUAUCGAGGAUGUCGAGUGA